AGAUGACUGCUCCAAAGUCAUCCAGGAACUAGUUGGAUUGGGAUUAAAGCAUAGUUGAAAGAAGCACAGAAUGUCAUAUAGAAGAGAUGAAAUGUGGUCAGAGCGGUAUGAAUAUGAAAGAUUACCACGAGAAAGACUUCCUCCACGUCCUGACGAUGACUACCAUCGAGUAGUCAGUUUUGCAUCCAAGAAACCAUCCCUUCCAGAAAGAUCUGGUGAAGAAGGCUAUAAUAGAUACGAAUAUGGCCAUGCUCAUGUAGGCUACAGAGACUAUGGUGAAAGUCGAGGUUUUGCCCACGAACGAAGAAGUGGACUACCACAUAGAAUUGAUGAUCCAGGAUAUAGAUGGUCAAGAGAAGAACAUUCUGAAAGUCGGCCAACUGAUUAUAGAGAUGGCGUACGGCGGAAACCCAUAUAUCCUCAGUAUGCAAGAGAUCGCUCCCCACAUAAAAGGGACUCCCCGUACUUCAGAGAAUCACCGAUUGGCCGGAGAGAAUCUCCUCACAGCAGAUCUGGCUCCAGUGUAAGCAGCAGGAGUUACUCACCUGACAGAAGCAAAGCCUACACCUUCCAUCAGUCCCAGCAUAGCAGAAAGAGAUCUUCAACUCAGAGUUUGAAGACUUCAAGAGAUGUAUCUCCUUCAGGAGCUACAGCAAUAUCACCUGCAAAAACUUUAGACAAAAGCAGCAGAUUAUCAGAAAAAGAGCUUGCAGAGGCUGCAAGUCGAUGGGCAACUGAAAAGGCAGAGAAGGUAGAGGCAAGCAGUGCACCUGAAAUUUCAGAGUAUGAUGCCACAUCCUCGGAUCCGUUAUAUAUAAAACACCAUGAAGAAACAGGUGCCAGUGUAACAGACAGCAAUGAAUUAUUUGAAGACAGCCAUCAUAUUAGUCGCUCAAAGGCAAUUGCUCAAAAGACAAAGGAAAUUGAACAAGUAUACCGACAGGAUUGUGAAACUUUUGGUGCCGUGGUGAAGAUGCUGAUUGAAAAAGACCCAACGUUAGAAAAACUUGUUCAGUUUUCUUUGAGGCAAAAUUUGCAUGAGAUUGGUGAGCGAUGUGUUGAAGAACUUAAACACUUCAUUGCAAAAUAUGAUUCUGCGAGUCAAGAAUUUGAAGAGACAUAAGAUAAAUUAUGAGUUAUUCAUAUAUAAAGGUGACCUGAUUCAUGGAUGCUAAUCUUCUAAAUUUGUUCAUCUUGCAUUUGAUCUCUUCAUAAAUUUGAAUUAAUUGCAAAAAAAAAAA